AUGCCUCACCGUGCGCUCCCUGAUUGGGCACCGACGGCCGCCGUUGUCGGAGGCACAGCGGCGCUCAUCCUGACCCUGAAGUAUCUUGACACCAAGAAGCCAGCCAAGGGCGGGGAGGCCAAGAAAGCAGUCAAGGCAGCCAGCGGCAAGCAUGAGAGCCACGAGGCGGGCAUCAGCGUCAAAGAGUCCCAGGAGCAUCAAGUAGAGAAGUACAUCAAGGACGUGGGAGCCAAGUGGGAGGCGAAAGUCAAAGCUGAGGACAUCAACAAGGUUGGCGACCUGAGCAAGUACCUUGCCUUCCAGGGUGAGUACAAGACCUCUUUCGCCGCACGGCCCGACGUGGGCGAGGGAGUGCUCGUGAAGUUUGACAUCGCAGGCACCAGCAUUGAACAUUUGUGCAAUGGCGCUCACGGCACGGCCCUGUCAGUCUACUCCACGAACGGCGUGGAUAAGGUUCAGGAGUUCCUGAAGGCGAUGAAGCUCGAUCCGCACGCAGUGGUCCCAAUAGAUGAGAUCGCGCCACCAGAGGACGGCAUGACCGUGCUCACUACCUUGGAGAAGUUGUUCACCCAGUACUUGGAUUUGUUCGGGAAGCCCACCCGUGAAUUCUUGAAAAAGCUGUUCCCAUACGCUGUGGACAUCCAGGAGAAGGUUGCGAUUGCGGAGUUGACUCUCGAGCGGAAGAUGGAGGAGUUCCAGGACAGGCAGGCUCGGGCGCUGACUUACGCCGACUAUUUCUUGGAGUUCGCAUCCUUGAAGAUCCCAGUCGAUAAGUACGUGGAACUGGUGCCCACGAUCAAGCAGAGGGUCUACUCGAUUUGCUCCUCGAGUGACUACCGGCCGGGGAAGUGUCAGCUGCUGGUCGUGAGGGAGGACUGGCAGGCCAAGGGGGGCGACACCAAAUUUGGCCUCUGCUCCAGCUUCCUCACGUUCGUGCGGUCCGGCCAGUGGUGCGUGGCGCACUCGACGCACUCCGUGAUGCACAUGCCCGAGGACAAGAGCGUCCCUGUCUUCAUGGCGGGCCUUGGCACAGGCCUGGCCCCCUUCCGCGCCUUCGUGGAGCAGCGGCGGCACGAGAAGUCGAAGGGCAUCAACGUUGGCCCAAUGACCCUCUUUUUCGGCGGCCGGUAUUCCAAGGCGGAGUAUUAUUAUCGCGACGAGUUCGAGUUGUUCGAAAAAGAGGGUUUGGUGAAAUGCUGCAACGCGUGGUCGCGCGACACGUCCAAGAAGGUGUACGUGCAGCACAAGAUCAUGGAGGAGGCGGACGCCAUAUGGAGGGACCUCGGGAUGGAGGGCUCAAAGGGCGCAUUUUUCUUGUGCGGCUCGAAGCAGCCAGAGAAGGAUGUCUUCGCAGCCAUCCUCACGAUAUUCCAGUCCAAGGGUGGCAUGACCGAGGCACAGUCGAAGGCGAAGAUGGACCAGCUCCAGUCGGUGGGGCGGUACGUGACGGAGGUCUACUGA